AUGGAACGGUCAACCUCGGGAUGGGACAGGCUGCUAAUUAUUUACCUUGGCCCAGGAGCGGCGCCGCAGACAAAUCAGAUCCUCCAACGACCACUCUUCAACACCAUUACCUUGUCCUCUUCAGCUCGGGUGUUAUUCAAUUUGGAACUGCCGCGCAGAGAUGGGUGUCCUGGGUGCGGCGCAGUGAAGAGCCUGUGCUGGCUGGGGGCGGGGCUGGUGGUGCUGGUGUCCUGCAGGCUGCACCUCAUGGGCCUCACCUCGCCCACCUUCGCUACCUCCGACAACCCGACGGCCAGGCACUCCUCCUUCCUGGCCAGGACACUCACCUUCAGCUACCUCCCGGCCUUCAACGGCCUCCUCUUGCUCUUCCCGAGGUGGCUCAGUUUCGACUGGUCCAUGGAUGCUAUUCCAAGGAUCGAAUCUAUCCUAGACUCUAGGAACUUAUUCACCGUACUCUUCUACGGUCUCUUCUACCUCGGGAUGUCGAGGAGUCUGCGCUCUCUAAAGAGCGAGGAAAUGACAAAGAAGAUCAAGCCGAGGAAGUGCCGCGGUUGCGGCCAAGGUUGCGGCUACCAUACAAGAUAUUGCAAGAUCUCCAACAACAAUAACUACCCCACUUCCCACUGCAAUUGCAAGAUUGCACCAAGGUCAAGGCGAGAAUCUGAAGCCAUCCUGAUCUCUAUAUCGAUACUGAUCCUGCCAUUCAUCCCCGCCUCCAACCUGUUCUUUUAUGUCGGGUUUGUGGUGGCGGAGCGAGUGCUGUACCUGCCCAGCGUGGGAUACUGCCUCCUCCUCGGGGUCGGUUAUGGUAGGAUAUCGAGGUACACCUUGCCUCGCAUCGCCCUCAUCGUACUCAUCCUUAGCUACUCUGCCAGGACAUACCUGAGGAACUUUGAUUGGCAAGACGAAGAAUCUCUUUAUCGCUCUGGUGUCCACAUCAAUCCUCCGAAAGGUGAGUUUUUAUAUGAAAUUAAAAUAGAAUAA